CAUUCGGUUUGCGGCGGCCAAUGUAACAAGACACAUUUACGGAUGGAGCUUCACUGCAGAGCAAAUUGCAAAAUCAACUCUCUUAUUCAUGUGCACUUCAUGUCAUUGAGGUGAAAGUGGGUGGAAAAAUAAUACAUCUCAGCAGUGUACAAAGUGAAAAUAAAACAUGCGUGGAUGAAGCUGAUGCGAGGACGAUCGAGGUGAUAUUAAAAAUCUUUCACCACCCCCACAACCCCACAUUCGACUAAACGAGAACACGCAUUGACAUGUCAAACUGCGAGGAGAUUACAUCGGUGUCUCCACCGGAAGACGACUGCCUUAAGGUCCGGAAAUGGUGGUGUUUCCUUUUGUCGAGUAUCUUCACAUUCUUUGCUGGUCUCACCAUCGUCUUACUGUGGAGAGCCUUUGCGUUCCUCUGCUGUCGGAAGGAGCCCGAAUUCUCACCAAAUGACCCGAAACAGAAGGAGCAGAAAGCUGCCCGGCAGGGCAAACAGGAGUUCGAAGGCACGUUCAUGACUGAGGCCAAGGACUGGGCCGGCGAACUCAUCUCCGGGCAAACUACCACCGGCAGAAUUCUGGUGGUGCUGGUGUUCAUUCUCAGUAUCGCAUCGCUAAUCAUCUACUUCAUCGAUGCCUCCAGCAUAUCGGGCGGGAGUGGUAACUCACAUAAAAGUGAGGAAGUGGAACGGUGUCAGAAGUGGAGCAGCAACAUCACCCAGCAGAUAGAUUUAGCCUUCAAUAUAUUUUUUAUGGUGUACUUUUUUAUACGAUUUAUAGCAGCAAGUGACAAACUGUGGUUUAUGCUGGAGAUGUAUUCGUUUGUAGACUACUUCACGAUUCCUCCUUCCUUUGUCUCAAUAUACUUGGAUAGAACAUGGAUAGGUUUAAGAUUUCUGAGAGCAUUACGUUUGAUGACAGUGCCAGACAUUCUGCAGUACCUCAACAUCCUCAAGACUUCGAGCUCAAUCCGUCUCGCUCAGCUGGUGUCCAUAUUCAUCUCUGUAUGGCUUACAGCUGCUGGUAUUAUCCAUUUACUAGAGAAUUCUGGAGAUCCAUUAGAAUUUCAGAAUCCACAGCAGUUAUCAUACUGGACUUGUGUAUAUUUCCUCAUCGUGACUAUGUCAACAGUGGGUUAUGGUGAUGUCUACUGUCAGACUGUUCUAGGACGUACAUUCCUUGUAUUUUUCCUCCUUGUCGGCUUGGCCAUUUUCGCAAGUUGUAUUCCUGAGAUAAUUGAUCUGAUUGGGACUAGACCCAAGUAUGGAGGGACUCUCAAGAAUGAACGCGGCAGAAGGCACAUCGUGGUAUGUGGACACAUCACCUAUGAGUCAGUAUCACACUUCCUCAAGGAUUUUCUCCAUGAGGACCGCGAAGAUGUCGAUGUGGAGGUGGUAUUUCUGCACAGAAAACCACCGGACCUGGAGCUGGAAGGCUUGUUCAAGAGGCAUUUUACUACAGUUGAAUUCUUCCAGGGGUCUAUUAUGAACCCCAUCGACCUUCAGAGGGUCAAGGUGCAUGAGGCAGAUGCAUGCCUGGUGUUGGCCAAUAAGUACUGCCAAGACCCUGAUGCUGAGGAUGCAGCCAACAUCAUGAGGGUCAUCUCCAUCAAGAACUACUCAGAUGACAUUCGAGUCAUCAUCCAGCUCAUGCAAUAUCAUAACAAGGCCUACCUUCUGAACAUCCCGUCUUGGGACUGGAAGCAGGGAGAUGAUGUGAUAUGUCUGGCUGAGCUGAAGCUGGGGUUCAUUGCACAGAGCUGUUUAGCACCGGGGUUUUCUACCAUGAUGGCUAACCUGUUUGCCAUGCGUUCCUUCAAAACGUCCCCAGACACUCAGGCCUGGCAGAACGAUUACCUCCAAGGAACUGGCUGUGAGAUGUACACAGAAACUUUGUCCCCCUCUUUCACUGGGAUGACAUUUCCACAAGCCAGCGAGUUAUGCUUCACAAUACUGAAGUUGUUACUUCUGGCCAUCGAGAUCAAGGGUCAAGAUGGCAAUGAUAGCAAGAUAUCCAUCAAUCCACGAGGUGCCAAGAUACAGGCCAACACACAAGGAUUCUUCAUAGCACAGUCAGCUGAUGAGGUCAAGAGGGCAUGGUUCUACUGCAAGGUCUGCCAUGAAGACAUCAAGGAUGAAACUCUCAUCAAGAAAUGCAAGUGCAAAAACUAUGUGGGGAUGAUGAUGAUGCAGACAGGCAUGAUGAAGGGUGGCUUCAGUAAUACUACUGCAACCUCCUACCAGAGCUAUCUGGAGGUGGCUACGUUCCGGAAGGGAGUUCGUGUCGUGCAGAUGGUGGGCAGAGCAACUGACGAGGACUACCUGUACACAAAUGACCACCACCCUCCCCCUACGUUUACGCCACCAGAACUACCCAAGAAGGUGCACUUACGAGAUGAGGCAGGUCAUGGGAAAGGGGAUCCAUCACUUCAAAAUCACAGGAGUACACCAACAACAAUGGUGAAUUUCAUGAGUGGUAGCAAGCAGGUGAACAAGGUGAAGCCAACAGUGAAUCGCUCAACACCUGACAACAUGGCUGUCUCCCCUAACCAACAGUCAGGAGGUGGAGGGUACAACAGGCCUCAAGAGGAUUCAACAUAUGCUGGUUAUCACCUUGCCUAUGAAGUCAAAAAACUCAUGCCAACAUCUCGAGGGUCGGGUGGAAAUAACAUGAACAACAAUGGAGGUUUGCAAGUGGGCAUAGCAGAUGAUCAGGCCAAGGACUUUGACUUUGAGAAGACAGAGAUGAAGUAUGACUCAACAGGAAUGUUUCACUGGGGUCCCGCAAAGAACCUUGAAGAAUGCAUACUGGAUCGAAAUCAGGCGGCUAUGACAGUACUGAAUGGUCACGUAGUGGUGUGCCUCUUUGCGGAUCCAGAUUCUCCACUCAUAGGUCUUCGGAAUCUAGUGAUGCCCCUACGAGCUUCUAACUUUCAUUAUCAUGAACUGAAACACGUGGUGAUAGUGGGUUCAGUGGACUACAUUCGUCGUGAGUGGAAGAUGCUGCAGAACCUUCCUAAGAUUUCAGUCCUCAAUGGUUCACCACUGAGUCGGGCAGAUCUGCGGGCUGUGAAUGUAAAUCUCUGCGAUAUGUGUGUCAUACUUUCAGCAAAGGUCCCAAGUAAUGAUGAUCCAACGCUAGCAGAUAAGGAAGCCAUCCUUGCAUCACUCAAUAUCAAGGCAAUGACCUUUGAUGACACCAUUGGGGUUCUCAGUAAAACUGUUGCAGGAGAGCAGGACAAUCUAUCACCAGUUGGGAGUCCUAUAGUACUGCAGCGUAGAGGUUCAGUGUAUGGAGCCAAUGUGCCUAUGAUCACAGAGUUGGUGAAUGACAGCAAUGUUCAGUUCUUGGAUCAGGAUGAUGAUGACGACCCAGAUACAGAGCUGUACCUGACCCAGCCUUUUGCUUGUGGUACAGCAUUUGCUGUCAGUGUGCUGGACUCACUCAUGUCCACAACAUAUUUUAAUCAGAAUGCACUGACACUGAUACGUUCAUUAAUCACUGGUGGAGCAACACCUGAGCUAGAACUAAUUUUGGCAGAAGGGGCUGGACUCCGUGGGGGUUACAGCACUGCAGAUAGCUUGUCAAAUCGUGACCGUUGUCGAGUGGGACAGAUCUCACUAUAUGAUGGACCACUGGCACAGUUUGGUGAGGCAGGAAAAUAUGGAGACCUGUUUGUUGCAGCCCUUAAGUCUUAUGGCAUGUUAUGCAUUGGUCUUUAUAGGCUUAGGUUUCGGGACACAAGUUCCUCUUGUGAUGCCUCGUCGAAGCGGUACGUCAUAACAAACCCUCCAGAUGACUUCUCACUGCUGCCAACAGAUCAGGUUUUUGUCUUGAUGCAGUUUGAUCCAGGGUUAGAGUAUAAACCCAACAGAGGAACACGAGGAAAAGAUGACAACUCCUGACUAUUGCUCUGUAGCGCCCUCACUGACGGACCUUACUCCUACAUCUAGGCCACCUGCUCAAUGCCUAUGUUGAACUGCUGCCAUCGAGUCUGUCAAGUAACCCAUCUGCAUCAGGGAGGGAACAUUGCAAGCCACUUGAAAUAAUAGCAGUCACAUGUUUAUGUUAACUAGGUUGACUGCAGAAUACAGGGAUACAUAUUGUACUUUUAUCCUUGCUGGCUUCACAGUCGGAUAUGGCAUAACAUUGAACUUACUCUUGACCUUGUUUGUACAGGAAGAGAGAGAAUAAUUUCUACGCAGUUGUGUAUUUUUAAUACAAUGCAAGAUUAGUGCUUUUUCUUCUAUUGCCAUCCAGUCAGAUAGUAACUGAGUUUCAUUUCAUGGCUUCAGGACCUCUGAAGUUUAAUUGUUUUUUGUUGUAGUGCCUAUAUUCAACAUCAUUUCAACCCAACAACAAACGAUUAAAUUGACCAUUGCUUGGUUUAAAGCAGUGGUUGGUUUAUUGUGAGUAAUAUAUCCAAAACUUUCAAACUCCAAAGAUACCAUAAGAGUGACAUGACAUUUUUCUUCACCCAGAAUAUCUCUGAGUGUAAAAACAUUUACAGUCAACAUCAACGUAAUAGUUGUGUACACAUACAUCAAAUUAUUCUUUGGAGUUUGUACAUUUUUGGAAUGCUAGUGACACUGUUGGGUGUUGUAUGUUGUUUUUGUGAGAUUCCAUUCAAGUGGGAGCUGAAAACAUUGCAAGUUCUUUUACUUAAGUGGAAGAAGAGCCUGACUGUCGAUGGCAGGGUCUCAUCACCGGAGUAAAGGUCUUUGUUGGGUCAUGGGGGUUCCAUUUGGUGAUCCCUUUGACCAGUGUGUAAUAUGGGGGUUGCUACAAAAUAAGACCAUAAAUAGAAGACUCUUUAUAGGGAGAAGAGAAUACAAUUGAACUUUUUCUAACCUAAAUGCCCACUAAAAUCAAUGGACUUUUGAAGCACAAGACUUUGUCCUACCCUCAUUGCAAUUCAUUUCAGAUGUAAGCAAGAUGGUGAAAAGAUUGUGCUUGUUCAGAACUCCCGUUUGCCAGGAGGAGAUGAAUCUAAGAGUAGCAAGUUUGCAUCAGUGGAAAGUCAGCUGUAUUCCUUUAUACUUAAAUUUUUGUGCUAAAUUUGCAAUUCUUACCAUUGUUCACUCACCCAUUUCCUACGUGAUGGAAUGUGCUUAUGAUGGAACAGACAUAUAAAUGUAGUGUAAUUAUUCAUUGUUUGAAAAACGAAUUUCUUUGUGUGAUUCAAAUAGUCCCUUCUACAGAAAAGCCUGACAGUUUUGCUGUAAAGUAGGGUAGAUUGGCAAGAUCAGUAUAAUAUUAUGGAAGAUAUUCAGGAGAACUGACUUUCCAGUAACAAACUUUAUAAUGCCUGGGGUUAACUUGAUGUGUUGGCAGCCAAUCCCAUGUACAGAGAAGAGAGACUAGUGCCUGUUUGCCUGUCGAUUGUACCAUGCCUGAGUUGA